GACAGGGCGCACGCACACAAACACACCGCACGCACACGCUCACACAGCAUCCUUACAUGCAGACAGACGGACUCAGACUGGUGGAGAUGGAGUUGAUGUAGGCGCGCUUCUUCGUCAUAUGGACUGAAUGCAGUGACUGGCGCUUUGGAUUUGUGCUCUUCACGCUACAGAGAGAGACCAGAGAGAAAAUGUGGAGAUACACAAACUUGUUCGCCUGUCUGUUGGUUUUGUGUUCGGAUGCGUCUUCACAGAGCAAGAUCUUUGGGGAGACUGAGCCUGUCCGGAUGACAUCAGAAGGCUCAGACUGCCGAUGUAAAUGCAUCAUGCGCCCUCUCAGCAAGGACGCCUGCGUGCGGCUGCGAAGUGGCAGUGUACGUGUGGAGGACUUCUACACAGUGGAGACGGUCAGCUCCGGAUCUGACUGCAAGUGCUCGUGCACUGCCCCACCUUCCUCCCUCAACCCCUGUGAGAAUGAGUGGAAGAUGGAGAAGCUGAAGAAACAGGCCCCUGAGUUACUAAAGCUCCAAUCCAUGGUGGACCUCCUCGAGGGAACCCUUUACAGCAUGGAUCUAAUGAAAGUUCACGCCUACAUGAACAAGGUGGUGUCACAGAUGAACACCCUGGAAGAGACAAUCAAGACAAACCUUACACGGGACAAUGAUUUUGUCCGGGACAGCAUGGUGAGCCUCACCAACCAGUUCAAGAGAUAUGAGAACUACUCCAACAUUAUGAUGAGCAUCAAGAAGGAGAUCUCCAGUCUCAGCCUGCAGCUGCUUCAGAAAGACUCAGCUGAGAGCAAAGUACAGAACAUUAAUGAUGAGAAAACCAAGGUUUCCGUAAAAGUACCGAACAAAAAGAACCCUGCAGCCAAACCCCCUCCGAAACAACCCAAAGAAAAGGUCAUAAAGCCCAAGAAAGAGGUCAUCAAACCUGGGAAGCCAGUCAAGCCUGACCCUACAGUCAAAGCAAAAGUGGUUGGACACCAGCCUGGGGUGGUGCGGGGCAUCACAUACUACAAGGCUGCCAAGACCGGUGAUGAGCAUGGAGAAGAUCACUCUGCCAAAAUGUACACCGCCCACCACAUCACAGAAAGUCAGUCUGAGGACGGAGGAGCUGAAAUGGUCCUGGAAAACAUGGAGGCCACGGUGGCUGAACCAAUCACUACCACUGCAGUUCCAACCACCACAACCACCACCACAGCAACUAGAACCACAACUACUACCACCGCUACACCCACCACUAUCACCACACAGGGCGCACCAGCAUCUGAAAGACAAGCUCCAACCAUCGUGCUGCUGCUGGACAACUCCAACAACAACAGUCGGCCCACUCUCCACAGAGCAGGGAAGAUCCUCAGCUGUGAAGGGACGCUAGCAUCCAUCGAGCAGCCAGAGAAGCAGCACAGUUAUGGGCGCAACGAGGGAGCCUGGAUGAAGGAUCCCCUGGCCAAAGACAACAAGAUCUAUGUCACUAACUAUUACUACGGAAACAACCUGGUGGAGUUCCGCAAUCUUGACAACUUCAAACAAGGCCGAUGGAGCAACCUUUUCAAACUGCCUUAUAACUGGAUAGGAACAGGCCAUGUCGUUUAUAACGGAGCCUUCUACUACAACAGAGCCUUCACCAAGAACAUCAUCAAGUAUGAUCUGAGGAUGCGCUAUGUGGCAGCCUGGACGCUGCUGCAUGACGUGGUUUACGAGGACACCACCCCCUGGAAGUGGAGGGGACACUCAGACAUUGACUUUGCAGUGGAUGAAAGUGGUCUGUGGGUGAUCUACCCUUCCAUGGACUAUGACUACAACCAGCAAGAGGUGAUUAUCAUCAGUAAACUAGAUCCUGGAGACCUGUCCUUGAAAAAGGAAACAACAUGGAGGACGGGUCUCAAGAGAAACUCUUAUGGGAACUGCUUCAUCAUCUGUGGAGUCUUGUAUGCUGUCAAUGUGUACAACCAGAAAGAGGGUGAGGUGAACUAUGCUUAUGAUACCCACACCAAGAGUGAAGCUAUCCCUCACCUGUCCUUUACCAAUGAGUACUCCUUCACCACCCAGAUUGACUACAACCCCAAAGAGAAGGUUUUGUAUGCCUGGGACAAUGGCAAUCAGGUGACAUAUCAGGUUAACUUUGUCGACCAGUGAGCCCAUCUGGUUUGUGCCACAGAUAAGCUCACAGUAGGCCUGCCAGUAUGGCACCUAUAUAGAAAAAUGAUGUUCAGUAUUGACAGCCAGGAAGCAGGUAUAUCGGACUAAACAGGACAAAGGAUGAUUCUACUCCAGCCUUACACUAAAAACAACUGACCUCGCAAAGUACCAAACAUACAUGCCUUAAAUAUGUAUUGGAAUGUGUUUGUACAAUAUGCAAAUAGAUGGGGCGCAAACAGUGGAAAUAAUUGAAUGGGUUGAGUUAAAGCUCCUCAUGUAGAGUCUAUAAUAAUGGAUAUUUCUUUAUAUCUUCAUUUAUGAAAUGUCAGCAGGCUGGCUAAACAGAUAAAUUGUUUUUAAAUUGUGAUUUUAAGGGACACUGAAGCUUAAAUUUUAGAACUAUCACUUGAUGUUGACUAGAUGAAGGUAAUUUCUGAGACCUGAGAAUUUUAGGGCUGAUUGGCAUUAGCCGAGGCUGAUUGAGAUAGGGUUACAUAAGGAGUAACUCCCAAAUAUAAGUGUUAUUAUCCUUGAAUUUGAUAGCUUCAGAUAAAUAUAUGUCAAUACAUUACAUGCAGUGCAUUGCUACUUAUAGGUUGAAAGUGGUUUUGUUUGCUGUAUCUAUUCCUCCUGUAAAUACUGUAACUCGUGCUAGCUUCAGCAGAACUUUUUAAUCCUGCUCUGCAGGACAGUUUUCAGACGAGAGUCAAUGAUUACUUAUUUUCCCUUUUAGCCAAUACAAUAUAUUGAGACCAUAAUUGUUGCUGUACAAACAUAGACAUUUCCUGACAGGCUAGCAGUUAGCCAUUUGUUUGAUCAACGCAGGAAUUCAUCAACUAACCUGGCAAAUAGUCACUUAUCCUCUUGCACUGCUAAUGUCACGAGGAUGCAUUGAUGAACUCACUGGACCUGUUGGAAUACAGUUUCCCGUUCUUUGUCAACAAGAAGCCACAGAGCUGUCGAAUGAGUCAGUGAUGGUGUAGCAUGAAUUUAUCAGCAGAUGCUGCUUAGCUAAUAUAAGCGAGAUUUUUGGGCUCCGUCUUCACACUGGACUGUAUUUUUUCAGCCAGGAGUUGUCUUGAAGCUUACAAAGUAAAAGCAGCAUAAGAAAAUUUGCCAAUGUAUUAGAAGAUGCAAAAAGGCUAGAUUUAGUAACCAUCAUUAGGUUCUCUAAAGUUAGAUCCUCUUUUACCUUUUUAUGGGUUUCAACUUUACAUAGAACGUUUUGACGUUUAUUGGCUCAGUCCUGGCAUUUAACUCAACCAUGGAGAUUAUGUCUGCCUCCAGAGAACUUCUUCUUCCAAGAAAUGUUUGUUAAAUGUUACUUUUAUGUUUUGUUUCACUUGCCCGACUACUCCAUCCCAUCACCUAGCACUUUGACAAUGAAUCUGCUUUGUUUAUUAUUCCGGCCUCAUGAUGCUUUCUGUCUCCUUACAUUAGUGUUUUGAGAUAAGUGUUGACUAUAAACUCCAAAAACCACACAAUUUUCUUAGUAUAAAAGUCUUAUGCUCUUAGGUUUUUUAUAUUUACCUGAAUUUAUUUGACAAAUGAUAUCAUAGCCUAUAGCUUGUUGUCAAGGUUCCAAGCAUCUUAUUAAAUGUUAAUGUAUAAAAGUAUACACUAUCUGUCAUUGUUAAUACAUUGUGCAUAACCACUACAUUUAAUGUCAUUACUGUGUAUUUUAAUAUUUUCAGCUCAGUGCAUAUUUAGAACUGUGAUCAGUCAUGCUCAUAUAUAAUGUGGAAUGUAAUAUUAUUUCUUCAAGCUUAAAAAAAGAGAACCAUGAAGAUUUUUACUUUGACAUUGACAGGCAGAACUUUGUGGGGCACAUAGUGGGAAUUCAGCAUUAGCAUCACAAAGCUUAAUAGUGCUCUUUAGUCUCAUAUACCACCACAUUGUUUUGCUAGUUGUUGAAUUAUCCAGAGUGUUUGGUUUGUUCAUAUAGGGCAUGCUGAUUGCAAUGAAAUAUUUUGUUCAGCUGCAAAGUCUUUAUACGUAAAUGAAAUGUAACACAACACUUGAAACCAGCUGUGUGUAUGUCUGUGGUAUGAAAUAAAA